AUGUUUGUGGGGGUGAACAAUUAUAUGCAAUCAACAAUUUUUGGUGUUGCAUUGUUGUAUGAUGAAACUGCAGAAACAUUUGAGUGGCUAUUUAAGACUUUCAUCAAAACAAUGGGUGGAAAACAACCAAAGACAAUUCUAACUGAUGAUGAUGCAGCUAUGGAAAAGGCAAUCAAUUUGGUAUUACCAGAAAUAAAUCAUCAAUUAUAUGAAUUUGAAGAUGCAUGGGAAAAGAUGGUUAAGAGGUAUAACCUCCAAGAGAAUGAUUGGUUGCAAAAGUUAUAUGAUAAAAGGCAUAAAUGGGCUUUAGUAUUUGGGCGACAAACAUUUUCUACUGGUAUUAGCACCACACAGAGAAGUGAAAGCGUGAAUAGUUGUCUUAAAAAACAUCACAAAAUUAAGCAUGAUUUAUCAAGACUCCUUUGGCAUUUUGAGAGAGUAGUUGCUGAUAGGCGAUAUGAAGAGUUAAAAGCUGAAUUUGCAGCAACACAAGGCAUCCCAGCCUUGACUACAAGUGUGGAUAUAUUGAAUUAUUUUUCUCGUAUAUAUACUCCACCUAUUUUUUCUUUGUUUUUCAAUGAAGUAAUGCAACAACUCAAUUGUAGUAUUGAAGAAGAUUAUGUUGUAUGUGGAACAUCAACUAAGUAUGUUGUUAGUGUAUCUGGAAAAAGUCGUCGGCACACAGUCACUUUUGACUCAGUAGAUGAUUUGGUCAAUUGUAGUUGUAAAAAUAUUGAAUAUAUGGGGAUCUUAUGUGGGCAUGCAUUGAAAGAAUAUGGAGAUGGAGGCAGCAAAAAACAUGUGCCUCCAAAGAAGACAAAAAGGACAAGAGCACAACAAUCUAAUCAACCUCUCUCAUCAAUACAGGAAUCGGGGUUCGAGAAAAAUAAUGAGAAUGUCACAAUGAGAAAUCAACAAAACAUUGUUUCACAUCACAUUCAUAUUGGUUUGGAGAAUGGUCAUGCUCAUACUGUACCUUUAUUACUUCAGCCACAAAACAUCUUCACAUAUGGACACAUGAACUCCUUUGCUAAUGAUCCUAGUAUGUCUCAGUUGUUGCAAAUAUCUGCUACUGCUUUUAGAGAAUUCCGUACCAGUGGCUCUUAUACGAGUCAGGAAUUGAAGGGUAAAGAGAUAAAGGAAUACAAGAGAUACUUGGACAAUUCUUUU